CCCACCCCCUCCCUGGCCUGCUCUGCUCUGCCAUUACUUGGCGUGUGCUGCCGCCGCUGCCGAGGUGAACAGGAGAGAGAAGAAGAAGAAUAGAAGAGCAAGCAGCGAGAACUCUCAGAUACUGAGAGAGAGGAAGAAGAAGAAGAAGAAGAAGAAGAAGAGGAAGGAGGAGAUGGAGGUGCAGGCUCGCCAUGGCUCCCUGCCAACAGGGAGGCAGCAGCGCCUCCAUGGCCGGCCUCACCAUGAACCUACCGCAGGAGGAGGAGAUGAGUGGUGGGAGUACUUCCCCUGCCCCUUCUGCUACGUCGAGGUGGAGGUCCCCUUCCUCUGCGCCCACCUGCAGGAGGAGCACUGCUUCGACAUGAGGAACGCCGUGUGCCCGAUCUGCGCCGAGAACCUCGGGGCCGACACGGCGGGGCAUUUCAGGGAGCAACACUCACAACAACUCAAGAUGAGGAAGUCCUCUUCUUCCAGGGCAGGAGCAGCAGCUGAUGACAAGGAGGCAUAUGAAGAUGAGGACUCCUACUUUGAGGAAUCCUCAUACAUCAUGGGCCGGCCGGUUCCCGAUGACCAUUCCCCCGACCCUCUGCUCUCCCAGUUCAUCUGCGCCUUCGCGCCGCCCCCGGUCGUCGAUCCGGAGCCCAGCAAGGCCGAGGAGGAGGAUCAUGCUGCACCUUCCUCAGAUGAUCAGAGGCUGAAUCAGGUUGUGAUGGACGACGCGUCGAAGGAGGACCUCGAGGAGCGGCUGCGGAGGGUCGAGUUUGUGAAGCAGAUGCUGAUGACGACGGUCGCUUGGGACUGAUGAUUCUCCAGCAGGGUUGGUUUCAGCACUUGACUAGCUAGGGCUGUUCAGGAUCUCUUGGAUGUGUGCCGUUUUUGUUGAGAUUGACCCCUUGGCACAUGUACACCUGCAACCUUGGAUUAUUACCUGAAUUGACCAAUCUUGAUCCCUUUAAGCUAAGCUUUGGUUACCUUCA